AUGGCCCGAGCACGCCAUGUUACAGAUAUCGAAGAUACCCAAGAGUAUGAAGAUAAUCAUCCCGAUGACAAUUAUCCACCCUCUCAGAGUAAUUGUGACUGCGAUCAUCCCAUCAACCAUCGCUCAGCUACCUGCCGUGUAAAUAUUACACAAUCUCCGUAUCUCCACGUCUUCUACAAUCAACACCCGCUUCGCCUUACUAUUGACACUGGUGCAGAGAUCAACAUGAUAAAGGCCUCCCUUGCCCAUUACAUCGGUUGCCCAAUAUCCAAGAGUUAACAACUUGCGUUACAAGCUGAUGGUCGUACUCCGCUCUCUAUUGUCGGCGAAACCCGCCUGUCAUUGUCCCGUAAUGGCAAGACCCUUACCCUCGAGGCUCUUGUUGUAGAAGACCUUGAUGUUGAUAUCCUCGCCGGAACACCUUUCAUGACCUGCAACGACAUUGCUGUCCGACCCGCAAAGCAUGAAAUUAUCAUCGCUGGUUCUGACAUUGUACCCUAUGGGUCCCCCAAUAGUUCCUUCAAAUACCAUGUUGUCAGAUAUUGUCAUGUAUUGCGUGCACCUCCUACGAACACCACUAUUUGGCCUGGUGGUUUCCUUGAGGUUGAUAUCCCUAUUGACUUUCCACCCGAUACCCAACUUGCUGUUGAGCCCCGGGUCGAUUCUACUUCGUGUCAAUCAAUUAAGUCCUCCCAUGCAUGGCCCCAACCCGGUAUUCUUGAGUCUGUCGGCAGAAAGCUUAGACUUGUCAAUUGUUCCACCGAGCCGAUCUUUAUUAAAAAGAACGACCACAUAUGCCAGGCUCGCCUCGUUACAAGCAGCUCCCCUCCACAAACGCAAGUGCCCAGCUCACCAGACCUUGGACCCCCACCCCUACCCCUACUACUCCACACUCCUGGAUAUCAUUCAGAGCAAGUUUCCGUAGAUCCUGACGGCAUUUUCUCACCUGACGAGAAGCGCGACACUCUCUCUCUCUUGAAGGAGUUUGAUCGUGUAUUCGAUCCUGUUAUACCCGGGUACAACGGCGCCGCCGGUCCCAUCGAAGGUGUCGUCAACAUGGGUUCAGUUCAACUCCCCCCCCCCCCAGCGAAAAGGUCGUAUGCCCCAGUAUGCUCGCGGUCAACUAGAGCAAUUGCAGACUAA